AUGGCAAUCCCGGUGAUCGAUUUCUCGAAGCUCAAUGGAGAGGAGAGGGCUCAGACUAUGGCACAGAUAGCUAAUGGGUGUGAAGAAUGGGGAUUCUUUCAGUUGGUGAACCAUGGGAUUCCUGAGGAACUCCUGGAAAGGGUGAAGAAGGUUUGUUCCGAGUGCUAUAAGCUGGAAAGGGAAGAAGGUUUCAAUAACUCAACACCAGUCAAGUUGUUGAAUGACUUGGUUGAAAACAAGAGCGGCGACAAGCUGGAGAAUGUGGACUGGGAGGAUGUCUUCAUUCUCUCCGACGACAACGAGUGGCCGUCAAAAACUCCGGGAUUCAAGUAA